AUGGAAAUUUUACAGACACUUCGCACUCAUAUUAGUAGUAAUCAGGACCUGCUGAUUCCUAAUAUUAAAAUAUUUUCAAGUAUCUUAGAUAACACUGAACAACAAUUAAUCAAGCUGUUGGAAUCUCAAAAUAACCUAUUACACGAAGAUCAAUAUAUAGCGCAGUGUAUUGAUUUAGAAGGACUUGAUGGUUGUGGUAAAUCGACGUUAGCUAUUGAAUUGCAUCAUCAAUUAAAUUUACGCGGGCAAAAGUCUCGUUUACUAUCUACACCACCAAAUCAACUGGUUCCAUUUCGACCUUAUUUUGAUUCACGUCCAGAGUCGAUUCGUCGCGCAUUUUAUAAUCUUGGAAAUAUAAUUGUUUCAUUGGAAUUAAAAAGUCAACCAGAUAUAAUAACUAUUCUUGAUCGAUAUUGGCCAUCGACAAUAGCUUAUCAGUUAGCAAAAGCAAACGAAAACGAUCCAAUAAACAUUUCAUGGCCUAAGUAUCUUGUUCAACCAGCUUCUAUUGUUUAUAUCUAUCUGGAUGAAGAAGAACGUUGUCGACGUAUUGCUCAACGAUCGAUACCUGUGACAUUAGAAGAAAAACAAUUGGCUGCACAAGAAGCUUUUCGUCAUCGUCUUGAUUUUAUCUAUCGAAAUCAUAUACCUAGUUCUCAUCUGCACGCUAUUGAUGGAAAUGCAUUAACGAGUGUCACUGCAGAUAAAAUUUUAAAUUUGUUGUCAAAAUAA